AUGGCUCGAGUGUGGUUCUUAGCUUUGUUUCUAAACAUAAUUUUUUUAAGUGAAUUUCAAUGCGCCAAAAUACUUGCAGUGUUCCCGACUCCCGCUAUAAGUCAUCAAGUGGUUUUCCGCCCUUACAUCCAUGAACUGGUCAAACGUGGCCAUGAAGUCGUCUUGGUUACGCCAGAUCCUGCGUUUCCCAAAGGACAGGCUCCCGCUAACCUCACCGAAAUUGAUGUACACGACAUGUCAUACGCGCAUUGGGAGGAACUUCUGAGCUUACACGACGGUAAGAAGGAAAGUAUACUAAAACAAGCAACAAAAAUAUUCGAAAAAAUAACAUCUGUGUUUGAAAUACAAUUGCAAACACCAGAAUUUCAACGAAUAAUAAAAGAGGAAAAGGAUACCUUUGAUCUGAUAGUACUUGAAGCCUUCUAUCGAUCAGCACUUGGUCUAGGCCAUCUACUGAAGAAGCCAAUUAUACAAUUCAACUCAUUUGGCGCUGCGUCAAUUCAUUUCGACCAGUUUGGAGCUCCCUCGCAUCCGAUUAUCUACCCCACGGCUGCGAAUCAACGAUUAUAUAAUUUGAGUAUGUUGGAAAAAUUGUGGGAAUUUUUUAAAUACUUCAUGGUAGAGUGCUUGCUUAUUUUCACAUACAAUUAUGAUUUUGAUAUGGCGAAAAGAAACUUUGGUGAGGAUAUUCCAAGCUUCGAGGUUUUGCAUGAUAAGUACGUUCACAUGCUGAUAUUAAACGAACAUCAGAUAUGGGCUGAAAAUCAUCCAAUCCCUCCAAAUAUAUUGUUCGUUGGUGGAAUCCACCAAGCACCUGACAAAGCCCUUCCUUCAGAUCUCCAAGAAUAUCUAGAUUCUUCGAAAAACGGUGUCAUAUACAUUAGCUUUGGUACAAGUGUAAGAACAAAAACACUCUCAGUAGAAACAGUGAAGCUGAUGGCGAAAGUAUUUUCGGAAUUACCCUACGAUGUAUUGUGGAAGUGGGAUGAAGAUGAGUUGCCUGGCAGAUCGAGCAAUGUGAAGAUAUCAAAAUGGUUACCCCAGGCUCAAUUACUGAAACAUCCAAACAUAAAACUGUUUGUGACGCAAGGCGGUCUCCAAUCGACGACCGAAACUAUAAAUGCAGCCGUGCCAGUCAUAGGCAUCCCCAUGCUGGGAGACCAGUGGUAUAACACAGAGAAGUAUGGAUAUCACAAGAUUGGUCUGCAACUAGAUAUACAUUCACUAACAGAAGAAACAUUCAAGGAAGCUAUUACAACUGUCAUAGAAAAUAAAAGCUAUAAAGAAAACAUUCUCAGGCUUCGUACUCUUAUGCAAGAUCAUCCAAUCAAGCCACUCGAUUUGGCAAUAUGGUGGACCGAGUACAUUCUUCGUAAUGGCGGGAAACAUUUAAGAUCCCCAGCUGCGAGUGUACCUUGGACCACGUACUAUGAAUUACCCCUAGUUUUUACCAUAUUGUUAAUAUUGUGUAUUUUAAUUUUAUUGUUCAUAUUAAAAUCGCAGGCAUUGCUCUCCGGCGUAGCAUACGCGCCACUACGAAAUUCUCUCAACCCGUUUUGUCGGGUGUUGUUGCUUAUGUAUAUUUCUCUAUCACCCCUAAAAUGGCGGCAGAUACUGCUCGACGUCUCAUGUCGAAAGAAGACAUCAUUUUGA